AAACUGCAGCCCUGUUCGGAUGGACCCAGAUGUAAACCCUCAGGAUGAAAAGCAGCAUUGGAAAAGCACAAGAAGAUCCUCGCAAGUCCCACGAGAUGAGUCUGAAGGCCCCCCGGCUUCUUUUAAGCCCCUCUGUCCAGCCAAACCCUCACCCAGUUUCCUAGAACUUCCAGCUUCUCAUUGGAGGCCUAGCCUGAGCUUUCCAGCAAAGAUAGGGAAAGGAAAGAAACAUUUCUCGCCUGAACAUCAGCCCCAGGAAUGCUUCGGCCUCCUCGAGUGCAUUCACAACAACAUCCAGGUGCAAACGCAGAUUGCCCAGGCACAGCUAUCCCUCAUGGAGGACAUGCAAGAGACCAUGAAUGUCCUCCUCUCCCGGCAGGAGCAGAAAAGCCAAGAGACUCCAGGACAGUCAGAGCACCGCACCUAGAAAGGGUCAGUCUCCUUGUCC